UCUAUAUACACACCCACACACUCUCUCGCUAGACCCAAAAUUCACACCACCAUCACUUUCUCUCUCUCUCUCUCUCCUCUUUUUCUCUUUCGCUGCAAGUUUCGGAGGGAGGAGGAGACAGCCGCGUCAGAUUACAUAUCAUCAUCGACUCGUCGUCGAGAUUCGCGCCUUGGAAAAAAAAUCAUAAAGAAACGAGCUAGAGGGGAAGAUCUUCAGCGAAUCAGGAAGUGAUUUAAAGCAAAGGCGGCGAGAAUUUAUUAUUCCCCUCUGGUUGCAGACUGUUAGAGAGAGAAAGUAGAGAGAGGGCGGUUUGGUUUGUUCAUAAAAAUCCUCUGAGAAAAAUCAAUUCUUUCUGCAUUUUUUUAUUUUUUAUUUUUUGGGUUGUGGGAUUUGUGAUUAGCAUUUCUCUUAGGUGGAAAUAGUUGCGGGUUAGAGAGAGAAAAGGAGAUAGAGGGUGGGGUUUGUUCAUAAAUAUCCUCUUAAAUUUUAUUACUUUCUCCAUUUUUUUUUAUUUUUGGGCUUGUGGGAUUUUGCGAUUGGGGGGAAAUAGUUGUGGGUUUUGUGUAAGAAGCGUCAUCAAUGUCAUCAUAAAGGCUUGGGAAGCGAAUGGGGAGGGCGCAAGGGUCGACGAUUUUGCUGUAACGUUUAUGGUCUGCUGGUUGCGUGCUUUAGAGAGAGAAACAGAGAGAGUAAAGGAAGAAGGAGAAGGCAUUUCUAGUCUUGGAAUUUGGUUUGGUCCUCAAGGGCGGAGAGGGCUUUCGUCUCUGUUUUCGGCUGAGUGUUCCUCAGGGCCCGCCAUUUUAGAGAGGGAGAGGCAGGAGAGAGAGAGUUGGCAUUGCCCGCAGAUUGAGAAGAAACGGAAACGGAGUCCAUAAUCUCUGUGGAGGAGCAGGACUUCGUCUGUAGGCGUUUGGUGCUGUAAUUUCUGGUUGCUUCGAAGGGUAUUGUGGUACAAAAAUGAAGUUUAUGAAGCUGGGGUCCAAGCCUGAUGCAUUUCAGGCUGAUGGCAAGUUUAUCAGAUAUGUGUCGUCUGAACUGCAAACGGAUGUCGUUAUUAAUGUUGGGGAAGUGAAGUUUUACCUUCACAAGUUCCCUCUCUUGUCCAAGAGCAAUCGCCUGCAAAAACUAGUAUCAAAAGCCAAUGAGGAUUCUGAAGAAAUUGACAUGGUUGAUUUUCCUGGUGGGCCAAAAUCCUUUGAAAUUUGUGCAAAGUUUUGCUAUGGAAUGACUGUUACUCUCAACGCUUACAAUGUUGUGGCUGCUCGAUGUGCUGCUGAGUAUCUGGAAAUGACUGAGGGUGUUGAUCACAGUAACCUAAUAUACAAAAUUGAGGUGUUCCUUAACUCAAGCAUCUUCCGUAGCUGGAAAGAUUCCAUUAUUGUGCUACAAACCACUAAACCUCUUCUGUCGUGGUCUGAAGAUCUGAAGAUUGCUGGAAGAUGCAUAGACUCAAUUGCUUCUAAAACAUCUGUAGAUCCUGCCAACAUCACUUGGUCCUACACAUAUAACAGAAAAUUAGCAGAGCCUGAUAAAAUUAUUGAAGAAGGGAUGAAUUAUCGAGACAAAUUUGAAAAAGUUCCAAGGGAUUGGUGGGUUGAAGACAUAUGUGAGCUGGAUAUUGAUCUCUACAAACGAGUUAUUAUUGCUGUGAAAUCGAAGGGAAGAAUGGAUGGCAGUGUUAUUGGGGAGGCUCUGAAGACUUAUGCAGUUAGAUGGUUGCCAGAUUCUGUUGAUGCACUGGUUUCGGAUGAACACGCCUUGAGGAACAAAUCUCUGGUAGAAACAAUUAUUUGCUUAUUGCCGUCUGACAAAGGUAUGGGUUGUUCAUCCAGUUUCUUGCUGAAACUUUUGAAAGUUUCUAUUUUGGUUGGAGCAGACAAGUCGUUGAGGGAGGAGUUGGUGAAGAGGAUCAGUUUGAAGUUGCAUGAAGCUCGUGUAGGUGAUUUGUUGAUCCCCGCACGAUCUCCUCAAAUUACUAUAUAUGACGUUGAGUUGGUUCAGUCUGUUGUGAGACAGUAUGUGAUGCAUGAAAAGUAUAAGUGGGAUUUGGAUGUUGUCGAGAAGAAUGAAAAGGGGACUGAUACUUUUAUAUUAGGGCAUGGUUCGUUGUUGGGUGUUGGUAGACUGGUCGAUGGGUAUCUUGCGGAAAUUGCACAUGACCCAAAUCUUAACCUCAGUAGUUUCGUAGAGUUGUCACAAUCAGUUCCCGAGUCAGCCAGGCCAAUUCACGAUGGGUUGUACAAAGCCAUUGACAUCUACCUGAAGGAGCACCCUAAUUUGACAAAGGCUGAAAGGAAAAGAAUAUGCGCAUUGAUGGACGUCAAGAAACUUACAGUGGAGGCAUCGAUGGAUGCUGCACAGAACGAGCAGCUCCCACUUCGAGUCGUUGUUCAAGUUCUCUUCUUUGAGCAGAUAAGAUCUGCAGCUAGCGUUCAAGCCCUUAACAACCAUCCCAGUGACACUUCACUUUCCACAACAAAUUUGGACGAGGAAUGUGAGAAGAUAGCAGAAGAAAACUGCAAGCCGUUGGGAAAACAGAUGAGCCAAAUGAAGGUAACUGAAGAGUUCCAGAAGAACACAAAACUGGCAAAGAACAACAGCAAAAACAGCCGAAGUGGUGCGCAAUUGCUUCCAUCUAGGUCAAGGAGAAUCUUCGAUAAAUUGUGGUCUGUGGGGAAGGGGCAUGUAGAGAACAAGAGCUCCGAGACAUCUGGGAGUUCUCAUAGUCCAACUUCAAAUGUUCCUGGUGAUUCAAAGUCGGUUUCAUCUUCGAGACACAGGAGGUAUUCCAUCUCGUAAAUGGGGAUUUCAGGGCUGAACGGAAUUGAACGAGUUCAGAAAAUUCCACUGCAAGUGUACAAAGGAGUAGGAUUUGUUGUAGCUGAUGAUCAUAUUGUCCUUCAAUCUAUCAAGCAUGUAUUAUCUCAAAUGGAGUUUACUAUAGUUACAAUGUAAUCAGUUUAUCCGAGUGCCUUGUCUAACAUCUUUUGGUUCCACUUGAAAAUCGAUCUGUGUUUCUGUUUAAGUGCUUGUUCUUUUGGAGUUGGAAGAUCUCAGAUCAGUUAUUUC